AUGAUAAAUAGCGACAAUUCAACAAAGUCCCAAAAUAGAGAAUCAACUCCUACUUCAUUUGACGAUCCUAUACAUCAUGAUUUAAUAUUAGAAGAUGGAAAAAUUGAAGAAAAGAUACAAGUUGAUCGCAAAAAACUUGAAAAUAUGAUAAAAACACCUAGAGUUGAUAUAUAUAUUGCUGGUGAAGAAUCAUUUGGAAAUGAAGCUGAACAAUAUUUUGAAAAUGUUGAAGAAAUGUCAGGUGCAAAAAUAAUCUGGCCAACUCGUUUAAAAAUUGGAGCAAGAACAAAAAAAGAUCCAUAUGUUAAAAUUUAUGGAUAUCCAGAUGAAGUUAAAUUAGCCCAAAAAAUUAUUAGUAGAGAUUUAAAAAUAAAAAAAGAUCGCAUAAUAUUAAAAAUGGAAAUAUCACAUUAUGAUCAUUCUCAUAUAAUUGGUAGAGGUGGUAGGAAUACGCAAAUGAUUAUGGCUGAAACACGUUGCCAUAUACAUUUUCCUGAUUCAAAUAAACAUAUUAAAUUAGAAAAAAAUGAUCAAGUAUCUAUUGCUGGUUGUUAUGAACAAGUUGAAAUGGCAAGAGAAAAACUACGUCAAAUAACACCUGUUACAAUUAAUAUUGAAUUUGUACCUCCAAUUAAUUCAAAAAUUUUAAAUGAUAUUAUUAAAUAUCUUAAUAAUAAUGAUGUAAUUAUACAAUAUAAAAGAACUUAUCAGUUUGAACAAAGAAUGUUACAUGUUAUUACAUCAAUUAAAGAUAUGUUGUCAGAAUAUGAAAUAUCUUUGUUUAUGAAAUAUGAAACAAAAUUUGACCUUCGCGCUUCUUUACUUAAUGAUUUAAAUAUUAAAUCUGAAGUUGCUUUAAUUAGUCAAGCUUGUAAAGUAAAAAUUACACCAUAUACAUACCCAUGUUCUGGUUUAAAGAUUGAAGGUGAACCUCGUGCAAUAUUUAUUGCUAGAAAAAUGGUUAUAGGUUUAUACCCAUUAAUGAUAACAUUUGAUAGAGGAAAUAAUUGUCCAAAUUUAAAUUAUCAAACAUUAGAAAAAAAAUAUAAUGUAAGUAUUUAUGAAAAAAAGAAAUAUGUAGGUGAUACAAAUGUAACAACAAUUGUUAUUAAAGGUAUGGAAAAUAGUUUAACAAAUAUAUAUUUAAUAAGAGAAAUAAUUCUAUUUGAUUAUGAAACAUCACUUCUUGGAUCACCUUUACAAAAAUCAUUAUCAAGUAAUACAAAAUUUAUAAAUUUACAAAAUCUUUUCAAGGAAGUUUCAUUAAAUGAAAAUAAUCAUGACGAUAAUAAUUAUAAUCAAUCAAAUAAAUCAUUAUACCAAAAUAAUAAAAAUGAUACCAAUUAUUUAAAAAAUAACAAAAUUAAUAAAUCAUCCAUUGAUGAUUAUUUUAAUGAUGAAAUUGAAAAAACAGAUAAAUUACUUUAUGAUUCAAAUGUUAAAUAUAUUGAAUCACCAACAAAUGGAUGGUAUAAAUAUGGAUUGUCUAAUUCAAUGCCUGCAAAUGUAUUAAAAGCAAAAAAAAAUAAUCUUUGGGAUACACCUAAUUCAUUGAUUGAAGUACCAUCACCAGAAGAAAGUUUUUUUUCUGUUACAGGAAAUGGAACAGUAUUUUCAGAAAUAGAAGAAAGAAAUGAAGAUAAUAUACAUUCAUGUAAAGAUUGUAAUAAUUUUGAUAUGAGUUGUCUAAAAGUAGAACUAGAAUCUAUAUGGAAUGCUUCAAAAACAAAUACGGCAAUGUUUACACAACCAACAUUUAACGAUAAUAAUAUAAAUCAUAAUACAGAUAUAGAUAAUUUAAACUAUUUAAAUACAUAUUUUACAUCUUAUCCAAUAUUUAAUAAUCAUGAACCAUUUACUGUUUCAACAAGUAUUUAUGAAACUAUACCAAGUAUCAAUUCAAAUAUUGAAUGGGAUAUAAAUAUUAUAACAACUCCAGAAAUUGUAUUAACAUUACUUGAUUGUAAAGAAUAUAUUUCAAUAUUUCGUGAACAAGAAAUAGAUAUGGGAGCAUUUUUACUUAUGGAUGAGAAUAAUUUAAAACAAUUAGGAAUCAAAACAAUAGGUCAUAGAAAAAAAAUUUUUGGUGCCAUAUUAAAAUUAAGAGAAUCAGUUAUUGCACAAGAUCAAAAUGGUCAUUUAAAAUCAAUGGUAUUACUUAGUGAUUCUAAUAAUGGAUAUUUAUCAACUGAAAAUAUUGAAACAUCUUUAUCUAAAAGAUAG